CAUCUCAUCUCAUGCAAAUUCACCCUACCCUCGCAGGGUUGAAGACCCUCAUUCCAAACCCAGACUGAGACAGUUUAGCUCACAGUCUUCACUCAACUUUGGUAGUUCUUCAUCAAAUAGUUCUCCUCAACCUCUCCAAUUUACGAUCGCACCCCUUCCCGGUCACGAUCAGUAUGCACCCGCACCCUUUCAACCUCCCAGUACGCCUCAGAUUCCAACCAAUCCAUCUGGCUCCUCCGUUACAAAUUCAGCCACCAAGAAGCGUGGGUUUUUCGGUAUGCUGCGUCGAAAGGCUAGUCGUGGUGAUAUCAACGCAUCUGAGGAUUUGUCCUUCGCCACCAGGAGCUUUCCCGAGGAACUCAAUUUCCCUUCUUCCAAAAUCAAAGAUCUUACCGGUGCCACUGACCAAGAGUGGCAGGCCCAGCAACAACAGCAACAGCAACCCUCAGCCGCACCCACAGCAUCAAGUACAACAUCAAAAAAGCAGCGCAUCAGAAAGCUUACAGGUGGUAGUGGUCUUAGUUCGAAAGAGAAAACUCUCAAAGCAGAACAAAAUAAUCAACAAAAUCAAAUCAGUUCCUUGGGGUCGACCAGCACUCUCACUCAAUCAAAUAGAUUGAUGCCCGCCAAUCAGGGCGAAGUGAUCACGCUCGAUACCAACUUGGAUGAAAUGGAUGGAAUUAUAAAUCGAGAUCAUGCCGCUUUGCAAGUACGACGGACAAGCAGCUUCAGUGGGGCUCCCAGUUUUCUCAGCAGCCCAUCUCACCCAAACAAUUCUGACGUUCAAGGCACAGGUGGUGGUACGUUAUUCGCAGAUCCCUUCAACCCCGGAAGAACCCUUGGCUCCCCCAACUGCGUACACCGCAACGCAGGAUUCCAGGAAUCCGGAGCUGGAUCAAUUUCAGGGCCAUCGGAUCCUUCAAUGCAUAACUACCCCAGUCUACCACUAUCCCAUCGCUCAAAUCGCAGCUUUGGAGGCGCCAGUGCCCGUGAUUUCAACACCGGUGAUACUCGACGACGGGGAAGUCAGAAUAGUCAACAAAGUCUGACUGCCAACAAUCUUCAAACAAAUAUGAACGAUCUUGACGGUGGUCUGAGCGCACCUGCCGUAAAUCGUUCCCUGUUCCCUGCCACACCUCUGGGUCCAAAUUCACCCUCUCGGAAACCAUCUGCACAUCAAUAUAGUAGUUCCAACCAGGUCGGGCCUAAUCCAACACCUACAUGCAUCACCGGUCUUGGAAUCGGCGCUGCUAUGGUUUCGACUGCAAACGGGUCGAUUUCCGGUCUUGGCGGCGGCAGGUGUGGUAGCAAUACACCUUCCUUGAACAACCCUGGUGGCGCCGGUGCUGCCGCUGGUUGGACUGCCCCUGAAAGUUGGGCUGUCAACCCCAUGGAUGGUAACGAAUCUGGCGAUACGGAUGCUGACGAGUCUGAAGAGGAGGAUGGACUGAUCGUCUCCGAUUUCUAUCCUCCGCACCCAGACAACCACGAAGGCGCUUCCGAUCCUAACGGAGGUCCACCAUUGACUGCCAGAAAUAUUCCACCUUACCAAUCGAAUGGAAGCUUUAGCGGUGCAAGCGGUACAACAGCAUAUUCUCUAGGUAGCCAAACCACCGGUACUUCUAUUAGUGGAAGUCUCUACAGUACAACGACCAUUGGUAGCAGUGGUGCAAACACCGCUUUGAUGAUUCCUCCCAUCAAUAGACUCGGUUCGAUCGAUGAAAGUGUCAAGUCAAGCGGAUUCGGAACUCCCAAUCUGAAUGGAGCCAACGCGAACGCCAGUCGUCGCCCAUCUGAGGCAGGUGGUAUGAGUAUCAUGGAUGGAUCUGAAGGCAGUGGCCAUGGAGGGCGGCCUGCUGCUGGUUCAAACAUUUCAGGCUCAAUCCUUAACGGUAAACUGGGAAGCGCUACUCGAGCUGGGCAAAUAGAUGGCUCCAAAUCAUGGACAAUCCGGAUCUCUCGGGCGGACGGAUCAUUUGCCACUCUUUCGUGUCCAUUAAUGUAUACAGCUGCCGAAAUUUGCCAUCAACUUGGCCGGAAGUUAUUCAAUCAAAAGCCGCCUGCUGGUUACAAGUUGUACAUGAAGGAACGUGGUCUGGAACGCGUGAUGGCCCCCAACGAGAAACCGCUUGUGUUUCAACGACGCAGACUCGAGCAGGCAGGAUAUACCAUACUUGAUCGCCUAGAUGAUGUCGGACGGCUAGAUUAUUCUUACCUCAUGAAGUUCCUAUACAAGGAAGAAUCACUGACCGCAGCUGCUACCGAUGAAGAUUUUCAUGAGCAUUACGAGUUCGUUGACCUACAAGCUCGAAGCAUUCAGGCAAUUCCGAUUGUCCUCUUUAAUCAUGCGGCUCUAUUGAUUAGCUUGAAUUUAUCCAAGAAUCCUAAAUUGGAUAUCCCGUUGGAUUUCAUCCAACUAUGCACAUCUUUGCGAGAGUUGAAACUUUGUCACAUGGCCAUGAAACGAGUCCAGCCUUCGAUUAGACAGUGUCAUAGCUUGAUGAGAUUAGAUAUUUCUAACAAUCGGAUAGUCGAUCUCGAACACGCACGAUUAGACGACCUGACUGAACUGAUGGCUUUGAAGGCACACAACAAUCGACUUUGGACCUUGCCAGAUUACUUUCGAGAUUUCCGCUCUUUAAGCUUACUCAACAUAUCGAACAACAAGUUUGAAUCUUUGCCGGGCGUGAUUUGUCAAAUCGAGUCCUUGGUCGAUCUAGACAUUUCAUUCAACAUGAUCAACUCGUUGCCCAAUGAAAUCGGCCAGCUCAAAAACCUGGAACGUUUCGUGUUCUUGGCGAAUCCGAUUUCAACUAUUCCCAGCACAUUUAGUGGUCUGAAUCAACUUCGAGAACUAGACUGUCGGCGCUGCUUGUUGGGAGAUAUUGCAAUCUUCAGCGAAUUGCCUUACCUAAAAAAACUGUUGUGCGAAAACAAUGCAGCUACAAUCCUGGAUGGAAGGUUUAAUUCGUUACAGGAGUUGAAUGCGGGGCAUAACUCGAUAACUCGAUUAUUGCUAGUCGGGACCGGUCAAACCUUGGUCUCUUUGAACGUCUCAUACGCCAAAAUUUCGUCUCUCGGACAAGAAUUCUUUGACGCGCUCGUCAGCUGUGAAAGUUUGAAUCUAGACAGCAAUCAGAUCAAAUCGUUCUCAGAUUCGUUCAGUCAAUUGACCAACCUCAGGAACUUUUCGAUGAAAAACAAUCAGCUGACAUCUUUACCAGAUUCGAUUGGACAGCUUCAACGACUACACACGUUGGAUCUCGCUAACAACAAUUUGGGAUCGCUGCCGAGUACAAUAUGGAAUUGUUCGCAGUUGAUCGUAUUGAAUGUCAGCUCAAAUCUGAUCCAAGAGUUUCCUAUGCCCCAAGUAGCUUCAUCAAAUGAUCCAUCCAACCCGAAUGCCGAAGAUGGCAAACCUCAGCUGAAAGGCAUGCCCUCCUUACCCACCUUGAAACCGUCAAACGGCAACUCAACGACAAACAAUCGAUCAUUACCACCCCUGGCAAAAAGUCUACAAGAAUUGUUUAUGGGAGAUAAUGGGUUGGGAGAUAACGUAUUCGGUCCAAUCUCUCUCUUGAGCGAACUAAGAGUGUUGAACUUGAGCUUCAAUGAAUUAUAUGAGAUCCCAUCCUCGACCUUAUCAAAAUGCGAAUCAUUGGAAGAAUUAUAUUUAUCUGGGAAUUCAUUGACCUCUUUACCUGCAGAAGACUUUGAGAAUCUCUCGAAUUUGAAAACAUUUUUCUUGAAUGGCAACAAGCUCCAGACUCUACCGGCCGAAUUGGGUAAACUGAAACAUUUGGAAUCCUUGGAUGUCUCCUCUAAUCUAUUGAAGUAUAAUGUGACCAACUGGCCCUAUGACUGGAACUGGAAUUGGAACUUAGAUUUGCAGUACCUAAAUCUUUCUGGGAACAAACGACUUGAAAUCAAACCAGCAGCAGGGGGGCAGCAGGAUGCAGUAGCAGCUGCCAAGCGAAAAAAUCUGUCCAACUUCAACGCUCUACGUCGAUUGAGAGUCCUAGGAUUGAUGGACGUCACUCUUACCACACCCUCAGUACCUGAUGAGAGUGAAGAUAGACGGGUCCGAGUCACACAAUCUGAGGUCAGCUCGAUGGGAUAUGGUAUUGCGGAUUCAAUGGGUAGGGAGGACUAUAACGUCGUUGGCUUAGAUAUGGUAGUCUCUAGAUUUCGAAACAGGGAUGACGAAUCCUUAUUUGGCUUAUUCGACGCGCAUUCCAAGACACCUUUCGGAGGUGGAAAGCUGGCGAAAUUCCUACACGAUAGUUUCUCGACUACCUUAGCAGGCGAACUAAGGAGACUGAAAGAGAAUGAAUCAGUUACUGAAGCCCUUCGAAGAGCUUUCCUAAAUGUCAACCGGGAUUAUGGGAACAUGGUCACCAGUCAAUUUGAUACUCGUCGGAAAGGAUCAAAUGUUGGUCUCCAAAGAUCCGAACGUCCAAGCAUAACAGCUGCCAACUGCGGUGUUGAUGCCAAGUGCGGAGCAUCUGCUGUGGUGAUGUACGUGGCAAAGAAAACCAUUUAUGUCGCCAACGUCGGUGAUGCUCUGGCCGUGGUUGCCAAACGAGGUGGAGUGGCGUUACCCCUAGCACAUAAGCAUGAUCCAUUCGAUGCGACGGAAAUCGAAAGGAUUCGAUCGGCCGAAGCUUGGGUAUCCCAGAAAGGUCUCGUGGAAGACGAAGUAGAAGUAUCAAGAUCGUUUGGAUACUUUCACGUCCAUCCGGCUAUCAAUGCUCGACCUUCAAUCCAAACUCUGGAUGUGUCCGAAGACGAUGAAUUCAUAAUCAUUGCUAAUGCAGGUCUAUGGUCGCACAUGACCUAUCAAGCAGCGGUUGACGUGGCACGGGCACAGAACAGGAAGGCGGAUCCAAUGAGGGCUGCACAGAAGCUCAGAGAUCUUGCGCUGUCGUAUGGGGCAGAGUCUAACUUGAUGGUGAUGGUGAUUGCGCUGGGAGAUUUGUUCAAGGCUAGAAGAAGGUAUACUUAUCGGGGCGCUGGAGGAGCACAGAUAGACGACGAAUUAUAUGGUGCAACGCGGGUCGCGACAAGGAGAGGACAGAUGCUAGACGCACCCGGGGAGAAAUAUCUGACGUUGCUAGAUCGGGAAGUUGCUCCGCCUACAGGAAUGGUCGCUCUGGUCUUCACAGAUAUCCGUAAUUCGACUUCGCUGUGGGAAACUAAUCCAGGAAUGCAAUCGGCGAUGAGGAUGCACAACCAAUUACUGAGGCGACAGCUUAGGGCAAUUGGAGGCUACGAGGUCAAAACCGAAGGUGAUGCAUUUAUGGUCUCCUUCCCAUCGGUGACAAGUGCCCUGUUGUGGUGCUUCACAGUUCAGCUCGAACUCUUGAGGGAGGACUGGCCACAGGAAAUCCUGGAUGCUGAAGAUGGAAAAGAGAUUUACGAUUCCAAUGGAAUGCUAUGUUAUCGUGGGCUAUCCGUUCGAAUGGGUAUUCAUUGGGGCAAUCCUCACUGUGAAGCAGAUCCUAUUACUCGUCGGAUGGACUACUUUGGGCCCAUGGUAAACAGAACAGCAAGGAUUAGUGGAGAAGCCAAAGGAGGAGAAAUUACGGCCUCUUUGGACGUGAUCGAGAUCGUCAAGACAUUAUGCUUUGACCACACCGAUGGUAAAGAAGGCAGCGAUCCACUGGCACAUGAAACGGAUGCGAUUGUGGAUCCGGCGACGAGAAGAGAUGUAGCCUCGAUUCGCAAGAUGGGCUUUGGCGUCUCUGAGAUCGGAGAGAAGCGGUUGAAAGGAUUGGAAAUGCCCGAGUUCAUCUCCCUAAUCUACCCGAGAUCUUUAGCCGGAAGACUCAACAAUCAAGGUGCUUCACUUGGCGGGCCAGACUCUAAGGUCGAUGAAGUCUAUGAACCGGCUCCUAGAAUGUUAGACGUGAAUCACAUCAGACAGUUGGCUGCGUUGGUCGUUAGACUGGAGGCUGUUUCAGCAGCAACGGUCCACGCGCCAUUAAGCUUUAGUCCUAGCUCGGGCGGUGCAACUAACAAAUUAGGAGGCAGCGCCGGAGAAGCAGGAGCAACGUCGAGUGGAAGCUCGAACACACGACCGAAAUCGAAGCUAUUUAACGGCCAUCUGUUGACGUAUCCGAUCAGGUUGGAGUCGACAGAUGAAGAGCUAGCAGCCAUCUUGGAAAACCAAGUGAUCCGAAUCGAAAACGUCUUGUCUAGUCUCGAACUAAGGUCCCUAGGUCCUAUCUAUGACGUCUUAUUGGCCCUAGGCGAUGCUGUCAAGAUCCAACCGAACGUGCUCUUACAUGCUCUUGAAUCUUUUGGGCUGGCUUCGAAUGCUGCUGGAUUGUUUUGAAGCACCCCCCCGCGACCCUCCUUCCUUCCUUCACCCCAUGUCCAAUCCAAUCCUUUCCUUGAAAGGGCACCAAAGCAACCGAAACUCCCAGCAACUAACCCUUCCCAAAAAAUGAAUAGAUCUCUCUCUCUGGUUCUGUAUCCCUCCCAUUACUGACAUGUGUUUUGACUGACUGGCUGCGCAUAUGUAUCAGCUUAUCAUGUCAAUAACUGAAAGAAUCUAUCAAAUCAAAGGCUGUUUCUCCUACUUCAAUAACCCCCUUAUGCUUCUUCCACUAUCCUCCUCCUACCAGCAACAGAUUACUUACUUUUUCUCUGUUUAUUUCUUUAUACCAUCACCUUAUUAUUAUAGAAGAUUUCGGGAAGCUUUUUU